UUUUCAAAUGUAAUUUAAAAAGUCAUGAAACAAUUAUUUCUGCUAAUGUUCAGAACCGCCGACUGGGGCGACGUCAGGCACGACGGACAUGGAAGCUGUUCAAGCAAGGGGCUCGUUCGUAAAUUAAAAGAAAGUGAGCACGCUGAUGCUUCUUGGAACACUCGUACUCUCAAGUAGAAUUUGGGUGUCGGAUUGAAUUUCUGAACACACCCUACGGACCGUAACUCCAUCGACACUGCAAAAAGGCCACACGCUACCUAGCUAGUUGACUUGGCCUUGCCCUUAGCAAGAUGGCCACCGGGCUAGAGCCUGGCUGUUGGACGUUGCAGGGCAUUGUCAAGAUACUAGAAUGCAAUUAAAUAGUUUUAUUACAUUGUCUUGUUGGUAGGACGCUUACGAAACCCAAUACAUAUAUAAUUUAUUUGAUCGCUAUUUCAUCUGGUAGAGGAUCAGAAGUAGCAGAGACCUCCCUAAAACAGUAUUAUUGCAAAUAGCAUCGUGAGAUGCAGGCGUAGUCACAAACAAUUCUUACUUGUGCUAAUAGACAGAAGCGUCUGAGAAUCUCCUUUGGACCCAAACGACCGCCCUAUGGAUAUGACUAAUGAUUAUUCAGAUGGCUUGCUGAGUGUCAUACAUCAAGAUGGCCGCCCGCUGUCCGAGUCCGCCCUGAGCAAGAUGGCCACCGGUCGAGUCAGGCGGUUGGUCGUUGCUAGGCAACCUCAAACCCACUGCGGCGCGAGAACGGGAAUGGCAAAAUGAAACUUGCUCCCACGGCGACGCACAAGAGGCGGACAACAACGACUUUCUUUUGUUACCGGGCGAGUUAUUUGACUUUGAAGUUAAGCAGACGUCCUUUUAUAACUACUAGCCGCCAAGUUCCAAGCUAGUUGCCAGGCGUUCUGGUGGCUGCGAUGGGGUCGGAGUCUGUGAAGGUGGUGGUCCGGUACAGGCCCCUGAACGACAAGGAGAAAGCUCUGGGUUCCAAGAUGGCGCUGACCAUGGAUCCGCAGCGCUGCCAAUGUUUCAUCAAGAAGCCCGCGUCGGCCGACGAGCCCCCCAAGCAGUUCACCUUCGACGGGACUUACUUCACCGAUCAAACGACGGAGCGGAUCUACAACGAGAGCGCCUAUCCUUUGGUGGAGGGUGUCACCGAGGGAUACAACGGCACAAUAUUUGCUUACGGCCAAACGGGAAGCGGCAAGUCCUUUACUAUGCAGGGGGUGUCCGAGCCACCGGCCCAGAGGGGGGUCAUCCCACGAGCCUUUGAGCACAUCUUCGAGAGCAUUCAGUGUGCAGAAAAUACCAAGUUCCUGGUGAGGGCGUCCUACCUGGAGAUUUACAACGAGGAAAUACGAGACCUCUUGGGCAACGACACCAAGCAGAGAUUAGAGCUGAAAGAGCACCCGGAGCCCGGGGUGUACGCCCGGGACCUGUCCAUGCACACGGUCCACAGCGUGGCCGAGUGCGAGACUGUGAUGGAGCGUGGCUGGCGGAACCGCGCCGUGGCCUGCACCUUGAUGAACAAGGACUCGUCUCGCUCGCACUCCAUCUUCAGCAUCCACCUGGAGAUGUGUCGCACAGACGCAGCAGGCCAGGAUCACCUCCGAGCCGGGAAGCUCAACCUGGUGGACCCGGCGGGAAGCGAGCGUCAGUCCAAAACGGGUGCGACGGGCGAGCGACUGCGCGAGGCCACCAAGAUCAACCUGUCGCUCUCGGCCCUGGCGGACGGCCGCUCCAAAUACGUCCCCUACCGGGACUCCAAGCUGACCCGGUUGCCGCAGGACUCGCUGGGCGGCAACACUCGCACCCUGAUGGCGGCCUGCCUCUCGCCGGCCGACAGCAACUACGAGGAGAGCCUGAGCACGCUGCGCUACGCCAACCGCGCCAAGAGCAUCCGGAACCGGCCGCGCAUCAACGAGGAUCCCAAGGACGCGCUGCUGCGAGAGUACCAGGAGGAGAUCAAGAAGCUGCGGGCUCUCGUCGCCUCUGCUGCUGCCCUUCCUUCUGAGGUCUCCCGCAGCUCCGCCGACGGCGAGAAGGAGAAGAUUCAAAAGGACUACGAGGAGAGGCUGGCCAGGCUGCGGGCCGACUUCAGCGCCGAGCGGGAGUCCAAGGCCAAGCUGCAGGAGGACAUCGCCGCCCUGCGCUCCUCCUACGACUCCAAACUGUCUGCCCUGGAGAAGGUCACAUCCAGCAGGGGGCGCUCCGCCCCAACGAAUGGCUUCAGAGGCUGGAGCAGGAGGUGGUCGGCGGCGAGCGGGCCCGCAACCAAGAAUUCCGGCAGAGGAGGAAGGCGGCCGAUCAGAGGAAAGCUCGGCUCGUCGAAGCUGCUCAGUGUCCACGACUCCGUUCAGGAGGAGGUCCGUGCCAAAGGCCAGAUGUUGCUCAAGGUCCAGGGAAAGGUCCGACGCCGUGCCAGAACAUGUACAUUAACUGAAAGCGGCCAAACUGGAGAUCCGCGACCUGCAGACGGAGUUCGAGGAGGAGAGGAAGGACUACCUGGCCGCGACUGCAACUACAGCAGCCCGGAGCGCCUGAAGAGAGAGGCCGUGUGGGACGAGGAGAGCGCCGCCUGGAGGAUUCCCGACGUGACGGUCCAGAGAACCUCGCUGCCCUCAGGUGGGACGUCACGAGGAGGAUGCGCCGAGGUGGUCUUGCAUCCAUCCAUUUUGUGUAGUCGGGCGGGCUCGAUUUUCCAUACUAUUUUCGAUAUUAUAUCCCUUUCGAGGCGGUAUUGUGUCCCACGUUUCUUAACACGUCCCCGGUGUCCUCCUCCCUCAGCCGUGGCUUCAAAGCCCCGCCAGGCCAGAGGCCCGCCCGCCGAUCCUGAAGCGCUUGCGCAGGUUGAGGAGGACGGGUACAAAGAGCUGCUGGAGCGCAGCGACAGUGAAAAUAUCGCCAACGCGUACUUCAGAUUCAAGAGGGCCAGCCAGCUGCUCGGGGGGCAAACGGCAACGGGAUGCGCCGCCCCCGAACGGGUCGCCCCACCUAAGCGUCGAUGCGAGCCCGGACUCCGUCACGCCACGUCCCUUUCGCCUCGAAUCCUUGACUCUGCCUGCAUCCAGUGGCAAGGCGAAGAGGAAAAAAACCAAAUCUCAUCAAUAAUGGAGGCAAGCGAUCGGUCGGGCACAACCAGCUGUAUGCUGGCGCCGCAGUGGCGCGCGCUUAAAAACGGUCCCCCCAAAAAACUUUGAUCACCAAACAUUUGAACCUUCCUGCUUCACUGAAGUCAUCAUGCAUUUAUUCCAUUCAUAAUGGUAAAGAUGUUUUGAAUAAUAAAGAUGUCGAGUACAGUA